GAAGUAUAUUGUGAAGAACUACUUCUACUACUACUUGUUCAAGUUUUCAGCUGCUUUGGGUGAAGAGAUUUUUUAUAUCACUUUCCUUCCAUUCACCUACUGGAAUAUAGAUCACUCUGUGUCUAGAAGAAUGAUAAUUGUUUGGUCUAUAGUGAUGUACAUAGGCCAGGUCUCCAAGGACAUCCUCAAGUGGCCUCGGCCCCUGUCACCACCUGUCGUGAAGCUGGAGAUGAGGACGAAUGCCGAGUAUGGGAUGCCUUCCACCCACGCCAUGGCAGCUACAGCCAUCUCCUUCUCCUUUUUCAUUGCAACCAUGAACCAGUACAAGUAUCCGUUGGAGCUCGGCCUGGUGGCAGCGUUCGUGUUCUCCACGUUGGUGUGUCUGAGCAGGCUCUACACAGGGAUGCACACAGUCCUGGAUGUGAUCGGAGGAGCACUGAUUUCGGCUGUGCUGCUCGUGCUCCUGUAUCCCGCGUGGGACACAAUCGAUCACUUGCUGUUAACCAGCCCCUUCUGCCCACUGCUCUCCAUAGUUGUGCCUCUUGUCUUAUGUUACAACUACCCCAAACUAGACUAUUACAGCCCCACCAGGGGAGACACCACUACGAUCCUAGGAGCAGCAGCUGGAGCAACUGUGGGAUUUUGGUUGAACAACCAGUACGCUGCCUCAGCCUACGCCAGCAAAAGCGAUCAGGCUGGCUUUCCUCUGCUCAGCAGCACCAUGCUGUUUGUGCUGGCCAGGUUCCUGGUGGGGAUCUGGGUUGUGCUGCUGACACGCUGGCUCAUGAAGAGCCUGGUCCUUGGCAUGCUGAGCUAUGGGUACAAGUUCCCCCUGGGGGACCUGGCAGCCCGCAGGCGCCGGGAGGUCGAGGUGCCCUACAAGUUUGUGACCUACUCCUGCGUCGGCUUCACGGCCACCGUGGUUGUGCCGCUGCUGCACGAGCUGCUGGGACUGCUGUGAGCGCAGCUCUGCUCUGGAGACGCCGUUGUCCAGCCUGGCCUCCACCACAAAGGGACUGAGCCUUCCUGCGCUGCUGGGCUGGGUGCCAGCUGCUCGCCAAAGCUGCUCUGCGCUCCGCUCCCUCCAGGGAGAAAAAUACAACCAGAGGAUCAUGGCUCGAGACAAGGGCAGGGAGAGAUCACUCAACAGUUUUACUGCCACAGGCAAAACAGGGACUUGGGAAAAUAAGUUUAAUUUAUUACCAAACUAAUCAGAGCAGGAUAAUAAGAAAUAAAACCAAACGUUACAACCACCUUCCACCUACCCCUUCCCUUCUUUCUAGGCUCAACUUCCCUCCUGAAGUCUCUCCCUCCAGGGAGAUGGGAAUGGAGGGUACAGUGAGUUCAUCACAUGCUGCUGUUGCUGCUCCU